AUGUCGUCUGCUGCUCCGACUACUUACCUCGUCACUGGCGCCAACCAGGGCCUAGGACUCGGCUUCGUCACCGCCCUUUCGAAGCGUCCGAAUACCCUCAUCUUUGCGACCGCGAGGAACCCCGACAAGGCCGAUGACCUGAACGCCCUCGCUGCGGAGGCGAAAAACAUUGAGGUGGUCAAGUUCGAGGCAACGUCGGAGAACGAAGCUGUUGCGCUCGCCAAGAUUGUCGAAGAGAAGGCGGGCAAGCUGGAUGUUGUCAUUGCCAAUGCCGGUAUCGCCGAGGCCAACAAGGCCGUCAUGGAUGUCACGCACACGGACUUUGUCCGACACAUCGAGACGAACGCCUGGGGACCCAUCCUUCUCUUCCAGCACGUCCAGCCCCUCCUCGCCAAGUCCGCUUCACCUCACUUUGUCGGCCUUACCUCGAUUCUUGGCUCACUCGGCACCGUCAGCUCGUUGCCGGCUCGCUCAACCGCAUACGGCGCAUCGAAGGCUGCGCUCUCGUACGCCGUCCUCAAGAUGGGUCAAGAACACCCCAACCUGGACGCCUGGGUCGUCCACCCUGGCCUCGUGCAGACCCGCAUGGGCAACCGCGCAGCAUCCGGACUCGGGUUCGAGAAAGCGCCCGUCACAGUCGAGGACAGUGUGGCGGGUAUCCUGCGCAUCCUUGACCAGGCGAAGAGGGAGACGCACGGCGGUCGCUUCUUCGAGUUCACGGGCAAGGAGCUUCCGUGGUAG